AUGACUACGACGCUGCCGCCGCUCGCUAAUCUAUGCCGGCAAUGUAGCGUUCUAGAGCUCGACGACUCCGACGUCCCGGGUGCGUAUGCCGCUCGCUCCGACACGGGGGAAGUCUGCCUCGCAGCGCCGGAACAGCACCCGGACCAGUUCAGUCUGAAGCUUGAUUAUUUCGUCCUGGACUCGCUGCCCGGCCUGCCGUGCCUCGCCCAGUCCGCCUGCGGCGGCUGCGACUUCUGCGCGAUAGUGAAAAGCGCUAUUGAGAGACACGCGCGGGGCUCCUUCGACCAAGUGUUGGUGUACCUCUUCUUCCAAUGGUACAGGCCCUGCGAGGACGAACCGCCGGUGAGGCUUCGGUCGCUGAUUGCUGAGUUGUUGUGGAUCGGGUAUGAUGAAGACGGUAACCACUUGAGCUUGUCGACGUGGCUGCGUUUUGAUAUCGACGCUCCUCCUGGCGGCUGUGCCCAAUGGCUAGGAAUUCAACCGCCUCCUCGGGAUGAUGCAUUAUGCGCGGAGAAUCUUCAAACCAUUUCCAAGGGAAUUGAGCGUAGUAACCAUAUACGAAUAUCUCUGAAUGGAGCUACGUACCCAACCCGUCUGAUUGAUGUGGGGGCUAAGGGAAGCAACUUCUGCCGACUUGUAGAGACGAAAGCCGAUCCCGCAUUUGCGCAGUCUUCUGAUAUUCAAUAUGCAACUUUAAGUUAUUGCUGGGGACCACCGGAAGACUCUUCUCGGCAGUUCAAGACGGAGACGAGCUCGUUUCAAAAGAGAACAGUCGGAUUUGGCAUCGAUCAGGCUUCCCCAAUCCUCCGGGAUGCUGUUCGGGUUGCGCAAACUUUAGGAAUACGGUAUCUCUGGGUGGAUGCGGUGUGCAUUAUCCAAGACGAUAAACAGGAUUGGUAUAAGGAAUCCUCGCAGAUUUCUCUGAUAUUCCAGAAUUCCGCUCUGACUAUCUGUAGUCCGGCUUCUACGUCUUGUCAGGAGGGAUUCCUUAACAGGAAUUGGACUACGACGAGAAUAAGAUUCCAGUCUAGGAUCAACAGGGCGGUAUCCGGGUCUUACACUCUCCGCCUCGUCGGCGAGGUGAAAGAUUACUUUCACGCCACUUCUGAUGGACUAUCUCUCGCGCUAACGCAUAGCUCUUGGGCUACAAGAGGGUGGAUACUUCAGGAAUACGAGUUAUCACAGCGGGCGCUCGUGUUUACCAAGACGAAUUUACAUGUUAUCACUGAGCAUGGCGUCCAGUCCGAAGCAGACGAGACAAUAGAUAUAUCGGAGCGUACUCGCGGGGCUAGUUUUCUUCCUGGUAGUCGUAACGAGUUGAACAAGUAUCUGAACUUCUUGUCCCUGGUCGAGGACUACUCGGCAAUGAAGCUCACUCAUCGUUCUGACAAAUUUCCUGCGAUAUCUGGACUUGCUAGUCGACUAUAUAACGGCGGGGGUUACUACGCAGGGCACAUACUCCCGCACAUCGACUUGCUUUGGACGUCUGUGCUUUGUCAACCAGUCGAUCGCAUCACAAGAGAAGCGCUAGUCGAAACUCUGAAGUCUCAGGACCCCUACGUCGCACCCUCGUGGAGCUGGGCUAGCCGGAAUCAUGCAGUUACAUUUGGCGACGGGCGGCUCAGAUUGGUUUCUCAGGAGUUAGACUUUCCAAAGAUCCGGGCGGAAUGUCACGUCGUCGAGGCAAAGACGUCGAUUACAGGCGUAGAUCUAUUCAGUGGCAUACAAGACGGAGAACUCACUCUCCACAGUGUCGUCGUACCUCUCAUAACCCAAACCGAGCUACAAGGAACCGAAAAUGGAAUGUUUGUGCAAUUGCUCGCAGGUGUUGAUGGUAACAGCAAAGUAUGCCGGCUUAUCGAGGCCGGCCAGUAUAUAGCCGAUCUCAGCUUCGACUGGAACGAGAUGGACGCCGGAGAGACAUUUGAUGACCUAUCGUUAGUCUUGAUUGGAAGUCGCGAUACCAAGGGCCUCUCCUGGGAGCCGAUUAAGCUUAUAUAUGAACAUGAAUUGCUCGAUGAGGCGGAGGAGAAGUUGGUUGAAGAGAGGGAUACUAGCAUGUCAAAUUUUAUUGUUAGGGGGCGUCCCGAUGCCGCGAGUCUGCGCGGAAAGCGAGUUUUUUAUAGGGUUCAUCACUGUCGCGGGUGUGAUGGUGAUGAUAAUGAAAACGACGAAGAUCACAUGACAGAAGAUCGACUAAUCUGCGAUCCGUGUCAAAACCACAAGAUAGGUAUUACGCAUGGUAAGGUUGUUGAUGCGGAAAGGGAAUAUCAGCGACACGUAUCAGAGGUUUAUGAAGGACAGAGGCGAUUGUCACGACAUAGCGAUAGCGAUAGCGAUGAUGAUGAUGGUGAUGAUGACAAUAGGUAUGCUUAUGGCAUUAUCGUUCAACCCGUUCCUAGUUCGGGGAAAUAUUUUCGGGUUGGCGUAUUUCUAUCCGUGCCUCGGGAACGCGGUGGUUUGAAAUACUUUCGGGAUAAGCCGAAGCGAAAUGUUGAGAUCGUCUAA